AUGGCUCAUCUUCAAGAUCUAGACAGGCACUUGUCCUCACUGCAAGCAACUUCUGCUACACUAGCUGUUCUGAAAGACCUUCACACUCAAGCUCUCACUGAGCCUCCUUACGUCAGCACUGACAGUCAACCUGCUUCAGUUGCCUUGGAAAGAUUUGUGGCCCUGGAGCCAGAUAAAUGCGCUCUGGUCUACCUUCUCCUACGUGCCACUGGGGCGAGACACGUCGUCGAAGCCGGAACCUCCUUUGGCAUCAGCACAAUCUGGCUUGCCCUCGCUGUGGGACAAAAUGCAAUGGCACAAGGUGUCGGGGGCAAAGUGAUCGCUACGGAGAACGAGUCAUCCAAAGCCAAGAAAGCCCGGGAGAACUGGAGAAGGGCGGGAUCUGAGGUCGAAUCCUGGAUUGAAUUAAGAGAAGGUGACCUGCGAGAGACACUAAAGACUGACUUGCCAGAGGAAAUUGACUUUUUGCUACUUGACAUUUGGUCACAGCUUGCGAUGCCUACACUCGCUCUUGUGAAGCCGCAUCUGAAAUCUGGCGCCUUGAUCGUCAUUGACAACAUAAUUUCUGGUCAAGCAGGCUACAAAGAUCUGAUUGAGCAUCUCGACGAUCCUAAGAAUGGUUUCAAGACAACUACGGCUCCGUAUAACGGAGGCUUGCGUGUAGCUGUAUAUCUGGGUAAUUGA